AUGCGCUCGAUCAGAGGGGGAGAAAGAGCCGCCGAGGAGGGCAGAAACACAAGUGAGGGGCAAGUCUUUUUCUACGACAGCACCAGGAACGGCUCGGGAAGAAACCAACGGUGUCGACUGGGCUGGGAUGGAGCUGAGCAUUUCCAUUCUGAGCCGUGAAAGCAGCCUUUUCGUGGCGUCCAUCUAGAGUCGGCGGCAUUUAGCGCAGGGUCGGGGGGCAGUUUGCUGUUCGGUCCCGGGUGUUUGAGCCCGUAUGAAUCUGUUGCUAGCAGCGCUCCGAUGCUAGUUAGCCCCGCUGCUAAGCAGCUAGCCAAGACUGCGAGUCAAUUGUGUCGGAGAUUUCUUCAUUACAUUUAAAAAUUGUUACACUCAUUUAACACUCUCGGGAAUAAUUUCUCCCGUUGAGUUUUUUGUUUUCCUGAGUGACAAGACGUUAAUAAGCCAUCGGCAGAGUUUCUAUUUCGAUUUAUUUUCAACAGAGACUUUUUUUCUCUCUCUAUUAGCUUGUUAGCCGCUCGGGUUGGUUUAGUCCAGCUUGUUAGUAGUGUCGCUCCAUAUACCGAGAUUUCUGUCACCCAGAACAGCCCCCUGACAAAAAGACAGUGCUGAGUGUUUGUUUUUUUAUAUUAUUGUAAGCUUUAAAUUGUUUCAAGAGCCGAUGAGAUGCCGCGCGUGGGAUACUUCAUGUUUCCAGGGACGCUUUUAUUUUCAUGUUAGAUCGCUCCGGUGGGGGUUUAUGUUUUUGCAUCAGUGCUGGUGUUAAAUACUAAAAUUUACCAGGCAUUGCAUGUGAUCUGGUCUCUUUUCUUUCUUGCAUAGAUCCAUGCAUACUGGUUAUCCAUUCUAUAAACAUCAUCCACGCGUCAAUUUAGCGAAAGGACAUUUCAGAUUGCUUAAUUGUUUUUAUACAGUCUUUCGUUAGGCUCCACGUUUUAUAUUCGCGUUGGUGGCGGUACAUGAUCGGCAGAGCUGGUCGUUGCGCGGCUCUUGAACGUUUUCGUUGGUUUUGCGGUGGAGAUUUUGCUUCAAGUAUUAUGGAUGAUCAGACCCGAAUGCUGGCUAGCAUAGGCGGACUCGGCGGACUCUCUCAAGCCGACGUCGGUGACCCCGAUUCGGUUCGGAAGCAGCAAUCCCUCGGUCAGCCGCAGCAAGACAUUGGGGAUAUUCUCCAGCAGAUCAUGGCCAUCACCGAUGAGAGCCUCGACGAAGCCCAGGCGAGAUGCUGGCCAGAGGAGGCACCGGCGCAGUGGACCCCACAGAGGGAGGGGGAGCUGGGGGGGAGCACAGCAGGGUGUGUCCUGCCGCUCAACUUCCAGCACAGGAAACAUGCCCUGAACUGCCACAGAAUGAAGCCGGCUCUCUUCAGUGUUUUGUGCGAGAUCAAAGAAAAAACUGUGCUGAGCAUCAGAGGUGUACAGGAGGAGGACCCCCCAGAUCCUCAGAUCAUGCGCCUGGAUAACAUGCUGCUGGCUGAGGGUGUGUCUGGACCUGAGAAGGGCGGUGGCUCUGCGGCAGCGGCCGCAGCUGCAGCGGCGGCUGGAGGAUCGCCCAACGAUGGCAGCAUCGAACACUCCGACUACAGAGCCAAACUCGCACAGAUUCGCCAGAUCUACCACUCUGAACUAGAGAAAUACGAACAGGCUUGCAGUGAGUUCACCAAUCAUGUGAUGAACCUGCUGAGGGAGCAGUCCCGUACGCGGCCCAUCUCACCCAAAGAGAUCGAGCGCAUGGUGGCCAUCAUCCACCGCAAAUUCAGCUCCAUCCAGAUGCAGCUCAAGCAGAGCACCUGUGAGGCUGUCAUGAUCCUGCGCUCCCGCUUCCUCGAUGCCAGACGCAAGAGACGCAACUUCAAUAAGCAAGCAACAGAGGUGCUGAAUGAGUAUUUCUACUCUCACCUCUCCAACCCUUACCCCAGUGAAGAAGCCAAGGAAGAGUUGGCUAAGAAGUGCGGGAUCACUGUCUCUCAGGUCUCGAAUUGGUUUGGCAACAAGAGAAUUCGGUACAAGAAGAACAUUGGUAAGUUCCAGGAGGAAGCAAACCUGUACGCCGUUAAAACAGCAGUGGACGCUGCCAAUGUGUCAGCACAGGCCAGCCAGGCAAACUCCCCAGCAACACCCAACUCAGGUGGAUAUCCUGCACCGUGCUACACACCUGACGGCAGGCUAUGAAGAUCUGUCAGGAAGUCCUCUUUACACCCCACACCGUCUAGAUGCUAACAACAGCUGGCAAGACAACACAAACCCCUCUUCUGUCACCUCUCCACCAGGACCACCUGGCAGCAUCCACUCAGACACCUCCAGCUAAUUCAGCUCACACUACAGUCACUGAUACACACACCCAACAUCUCAUUAUCCAGACUCGCCCUGUUCUUCCACUCGUAACAUUAGUCCUUCAAUCUAACAUUUGUCAAAGGUCUUCCAUAGUCCUCACUCCCACUUUCUCUUGGUGUGCCAGGAUUCUCAAACUGAACCAGACUGAUUGAAACACAUGCACUCCCAUGCACACACGCUCGCUCCUCUCGAGCAAAAGAUGCAGCAAGUUUUGCAGCAGCUGAAUGACUUCAGUGUCUGAUCACGUUACUGAAGCUCUCGCCGACGAUGUGUCACAGAGGGCGCCGAAUAAAAGACACGUCUUCAUCAUUCUUCUAUGAGGAAAACACAGGGUGGACACUCUACGCCCAACUCAAUGUUAAAAUUCCUGUUCUGACCUGUCAUAAUGGAGAUUACACAACCCUCCUCGCUUGUACCAAAGUGCUGUCAGUGGUUGUCGCACCUUCCGCUCGUCGAAGAACAACCUCAGACAACUAAACAGUGAAGUCGCCAUUCAAAUCCUCUUUAGUCCACGUUUGCAUUUUUAAUAUCGUUUCCGUGCUCUGCAUUACUGCUUCAGUGAGGAAAAUUAUGUAUUAAUGUCUUUAAGCGUUUAAGCUGUCCUCCAUUGUUCAACGUUGUGUUAAGCACAAAUCUUUAUCAAUAACACUUUUACCUGGUGGUCGGAUGGAGAGAAAUCCAUCUGCGUAAAGGUACACUGGACAUUGAACAUUUUAAAUUGAUCACAGUACAGUUUGGUAUGAAAAACGAGAGAUCUGCAGUUGGAAGAAUGAGGGGGAGUUUUUGAUGUGCGAUUGCUGGCUAAAUUUUUUCUCAGCGUCACUCAGUGUCUUUGUUCCUUAACCUUUUUAAUAGUUUAGCUAGUUGUAUAUUUCCUGCAGUUUUCCCCCACAAAGAAUGCACCAGCCACUGAAUAAGACACUUGACUUAACAAGAACUUGACCUUGUGUUAGGAAAGGGGGGGGGUGUAGGUGGAGUAUUAGCUUGGAUUGUGGGUGGGUAUUAGAAAUAUUUUUAAAGGGAACGAAUAAGAUAUUCCACUGUCUUCCAUGCAUGUAGGGUGUUGAGAUGUUUUAGUGAUUCCAUUUAACCUGUUGGUUCUAACUUUUUAACAAAAAAAGAUUAUAAAAGGGAGAGGAUAUACAGUAAAAAACAGACCAAAUAAAGAAACGAGCAACUAAGUCAAUGAAAACAAGACAAGUAUUCAUACGCCGCACGUCAAACUGCCCAAUGCGGCGCUCUGGGCUGGUGUUUCUAUGGUACUUUCACAUUUUCCUACUAGGUAGCCAUGCACGGUUUCACUGAACACAUUGACCACAAGUACCUGAAAACAUUUUUGAGGAAGCCGUAGCAACCUGGCUACGAUUGUAACCUGUAUUGUUCCGAACCAGUAAUUCUGACUACAAGAAUUGUUCUCUAAAACGUGAAAUGUGCUAGUUACAAACAUCAAGGUUUUUUUCAUUUGCCGUUUGUCCUUUGGCCUCUCAUGUUACUAUGUUGUGUGUGUUUUUAUAAGGGUUGGGUUGUCUUGUCGCUCACUUUGCUGUGCUUUUGAACUGAUUGUAUUGUAUGUGCAAUUGAAAGCACCUGUUCCUUGGGGAAAGAAUGCUGUCCUUUUUGUUGCCUACAAUUUCUCUAAACAAAGGAACUCUUGUUUUAAAAAAAACAUUAUUUCGUAAUCUGUUAACAUAGCCAAGCAACAAGGGCUUUUCUCCUUUCAAAUUUAACCAAAAAUAAGCACUGGAUGUGUUGUGAUUUUAAACAGACAGACUAAAGCUAAGGCUGAGGAACAUUAAAUGAAUUUCUAUUUACUUUUUCCAGACAAACUAUUUGUAUUCCGGAACUAUGAUUUAUUUGUUUUUUUGUGGCUUUCUUCCCAACUUUACCUUUAGUAGUGGAAGCACCAGGGCUUUUUGAUAUAUGAAUGGAAAUUCUAUAUAUUAAAGGACUUAACAUUGAAAUGUAAAUUGGGGUAUUGUUUAUAUGUACACACCGAGAAACAAACUCUGAGGCGCUUUUCAAGGUAUUAUUCAGAUCAUUGUGUCCUCUAUAGAUUACUGUUAGUUCAUAUGGAUAUCUUUAACUAAUGCUAUUACUACACCAAAUUUCAUUGUUUUCUUUUCCUAUCAGUCAUCUAUGGAUGUCACUGUACAGAUUGUGGAAUGUUUCAGUGUAUUUCUCUUUGUAUGCUUAUUAUUAUUUUAUUUUUUUUAUUGCUGGGGGUUUUGGAUUUACUCGUGAGCAAUUUGUUAGUCUUUGUAAUAUUCAUUUUAGCAUUUUCAGUUACAUUUUUAUUUCAAUUGAGUCUGUGUUAUUUUGUGUGGUUUUGUCAGAGCCGGUAGCAUUUGUUUGUGGUGCCGUGGAAAUUCACACUCGUUUUUAUUUCACUACUAAUUGACAGCUAAGAAAUUGAUGGAAUAAAAAGCAUAAUUGUAGUGGCUAGUGAUUGCUAACAGAUAUAUUACUCUAAACAUAACUAUAGAAAAGACUUUAAUCUGGUAAUUAGCUGUUGGAGUUCCGGAAUGUGCGACAUGUAUGCCGAGGUGGAUUCCACCGCACCAAAUCAAAUGAUAUCAGUGAUCUUUUUUUUUUUCUAAAUUUGUAUCAUUAUUUUAUUAGAAUUGUAGUACACGCUUCCUUCUGUAUUCACCGUGCUCUCCCUCUUCUCUACCUCUCCUCCUCUCUCUAUUUCACUUGUAUAUAAACCCCACCAUUUUCAGACUUGGUCGUCUGUAUAAACUCCUUUUAUACCUCAACUUUAGAACUGUUCUAGUGAGAGAGAAAAAAAAAAGAAAUAUGAGAAAAUUGUAGUGUUCCUUAUUAGAAAAACAAAAACUAAUAAAAUAAUCUAGUGUGCUUUUGA